AUGUCGAAUUUACAACCAGACUUGACAACGGAGAUCCAUCUCCCAUCGCCCCCUUUCUUGCCCGUAGACGGGCUCCCAAAUUUCCGCGACUGCGGUGGCUACCCGAUUGCCGGUCGUCCUGGCUGGAUGCUUCGAAAGGGCGUUAUUUAUCGAUCGGCAAAUCCGUCUACGAUAACAGAGGAAGGUAUCAGCCAUUUGCGUGCACUAGGGAUCGUGAAAGUCUUCGAUCUUCGCUCCAGUAAGGAGAUUGAGGAGAGCACAAGGCAGGGCUGGGGUAGAAUCAGGGUUUGGGAUCCAGCCCAGAGGGUCUCCGUCCCGAUUUUUAAGGAUAGCGACGUUACCAGUGCCCAUCGAGCCCGACGGGACAAGAACCCCAGGAAAGAAGGACACGACGGUUAUAUCGAGUACUACCAGGAGUUGCUCGCUUCUGCUCUCGCCGCCGAUGAUACCGCACAGUCCCUCAGAAGCAUUCUGGGCCAUCUCGCCACCGGCUCACCCUCGGGGCCCGAGCCGGUUCUCAUUCACUGCUCACUUGGCAAAGACCGUACCGGCGUGAUAUGCGCCCUCAUCCUGAGCAUCUGCGGCGUCGAGGACGACAUCGUGGCGCAUGAGUAUGCGUUGACGGCUUUGGGCCUACAAAGGAAGAUUGCCCAGAUCAUGUUAGAGAUUAGGCCACAUGCGCCAAGUAUGACCGAGGAAGAGCAGCGCUUCUUUGGGUCUAGAAAGGGAGCUAUGUUAGGCUUCCUCGCAUACAUUCGGCGGAAUGGUGGCCCACAGAGACUCGUGGAAGAAUCGGGGGUGAUAUCGCCGGCAGAGAUUGAGCAACUACGGAUGAAUCUGAUUACUGAGUUGGAGGCGGGAGAAGAACAUGCCGAUUGGAAAGAGCAUACAAAGCUCUAA